AUGGCUACGAGCCAGCUCGAAAAGGCGGGCAAGGAGAAAAGCGUCGAGGACAAGGAGAAAGCUAAAGAGUUCGAUGCUCAGGCCGAAUUCGCAAAGCUCGUAGGGUCUCGGUCUGGCGGCGUUUACAUGCCACCUGCUCGCCUCCGCGCUCUUCGCGAGGCUGCAUCUUCCGACCGCACAAGCGCGGAGUACCAGCGAUUGUCUUGGGAUGCGCUACGCAAAUCUAUUACUGGUAUUGUCAACAGGGUCAACAUUGGCAACAUCAAGAAUGUGGUGCCGGAGCUGUUUGCCGAGAACUUGAUCAGGGGCCGGGGCUUGUUUGCACGUAGCAUCAUGAAGGCGCAGUCGGCGAGUUUGCCAUUUACACCCGUCUUUGCCGCAGUCAUUGCUGUCCUCAACACCAAGCUGCCUCAGGUUGGCGAGUUGGUGUUGACUCGGCUCAUCAGUCAGUUCCGAAGGGCAUUUAAGAGGAAUGAUAAGACUGUGUGUCAUUCUACUACCACUUUCAUCGCACAUCUGGUAAAUCAAGGUGUGGCCCACGAAAUCAUUGCCCUUCAAAUCCUUGUUCUUCUUCUUGAGCGGCCCACGGACGACGCCAUUGAGAUUGCGGUGGGCUUCACACGUGAAGUCGGCGCUUUCCUUGCGGAAAACUCACCCCAAGCCAACGCUUCUGUCUUUGAGCGCUUCCGUGCGGUGUUGAAUGAGAGCAAACUCAGUCAUCGUGUGCAGUACAUGAUCGAAGUGCUCAUGCAGGUCCGAAAAGACAAAUAUAAGGAUAACCCAAUAUUGCCCGAGGGGUUGGAUCUGGUGGAAGAAGACGACCAGAUCACUCACCAGAUUGGAUUGGAAGAAGAGUUACAGGUGCAAGAGGGCUUGAACAUAUUCAAGAUCGAUCCGAAUUAUCUGCAAAACGAAGAAAAGUACAAAGCUAUCAAGGCUGAAAUUCUCGGCGAGGACAGCUCUGAUGGAGAUGAAUCAGGCUCCGAAGAGAGCGAGAGCGAGGGCGAAGCCGUGGAAGAAAAGGAAGGUAUUGAAGAUCGCACGCAAACAAACCUCGUCAACCUUCGCCGUAUCAUCUACUUGACAAUCAUGAAUGCUCUCAACUAUGAAGAAGCCGUACACAAGCUUCUUAAAGUCCAGAUCCAAGAGGGUGAGGAGAUCGAGCUUGUCAACAUGAUUAUUGAAUGUUGCUCCCAAGAGCGUUCCUAUUCAACUUUCUACGGCCUCAUCGGGGAACGCUUUUGCAAGAUCAAUCGAGUAUGGAAUGAAUGCUUUGAAUCAGCCUUCCAGACCUACUACUCUACCAUUCACCGAUAUGAAACUAACCGAUUGCGAAACAUCGCGCGCCUCUUCGGCCACCUUCUUGCCACUGACGCGGUGUCGUGGGUCGUCCUGGAAUGCGUCAAAAUCAACGAAGAUGAUACUACCAGCAGCAGUCGCAUCUUUGUGAAGAUCAUGAUGCAGGAAGUGUUGGAGAACAUGGGCUUAGCGACGCUGAAGGAGCGGUUCGCAGACCCUGAAGUCAAGGCACUCUGCAGGAACAUGUUCCCUCUCGAUAACCCGAAGAAUACGCGUUUCGCUAUCAACUACUUCACCAGCAUAGGGUUAGGUGCGGUGACAGAGGAAAUGAGAGAGCACUUGAAGAACGCCCCGCGUAUCAUCAUGGAGCAACGGCGGGCAAUGCUCGAAGCCGAAUCGUCCUCUUCCGACAGCGAUUCUUCU